AUGGAAGAAGAAGAUGAGCUGGCAAGGAGAUUUAUGAAUGCAUACAAUAAGCGCGUGGAGCUGUAUAGACAAAGACGGAUGCUGGAAGAUGCUAUAGACACAAAACUCUCUGACCAGCGCACGCUUAGAGAAGCAAUAGAUAUGAGCAGGGGAAUGAGCGGAAGGGAGAAAUCAAAGCAGCCUGACCAUGGAACGAUGUUUGGAACAGGGAUAUAUAGGCUGUCUCUGGUGGACAUGGGAAAACUCCCCACAGAGAACUUGGACAUGCUCCAUACGGAGACGGCGAUCUAUCCUGUGGGGUAUACAUGCAGGAAGAAGUAUAAAAGGCAUGACACAUAUAAAAAGAAGGCAAAGGACAGGAUUCUAUACAUUUGCAGCGUGGACCCCCAGAAAGGCCCAGUGAUAACCGCCGACGACGGGAGGAAGUGGUUUGGACCAAACAUGUGGGAGGACUUUGUAAAUAGCGUUGGAGGUGUGGCCGAAUAUAAAAGCACUGAGGAGUUCUUCGGAUUUGGAAACCCAGCACUUGCCAGAAGGGUUGAGUCUCUCGGCGACUUGUCUACCUUUAAAAAGUAUGUCCCGUUGAGCAAGAGAUCCUAG